AUGUUGAGCCAACUACGCAACUCUGUCGAUUCCGUCACGAGCCCAGGAAUUUCUAAAAACCUCGAAGCUGCCUUGGUCGCUUUAUAUAAGGGUUUAUUUGUAUUCUCCCUAAUUUUCAACGCAAUCCUAUGCUCAACCUUUGUGGCGAUAAUGUAUUAUUCGCAAGCCAUGCAAAAAGUUCGCCGUGGUUCCAAGACAACUGCUGAAGAAAUGAAGCGCACCCUCCGGGAAAUGCAGCGCGCCUCCCGGAAACGGAGGAUUAUGAAAGAUGAGAGCAAGAGUGAAUCCGUUGAUCCGGUUACU